AUGGGGCACACCCUCCCAUGGAUGAUCACACCCCUGAACUGCAGCAGGACAAAGACAGGAAAACUAGGCUUUGGAGUUCAGCAACACUGGCAGCUUCUCUUCCUGUUCAGGCUUCCCAUCCAUGGAGUCAGAGGGGACGCCAAGGGCUCAGAAUCACUAGAAGUGGGAAAAGGCGCUGGACAUUCAGAACCCGGCCCAGCCCAGGUACAGGAUCUUCAUUUAGUUCCACUCACCUGUAAGUACAGUCUUUCGCUGGCAGGCUCUAAUGGGGGCUGCAAAAGGAAUAAUGCAGAGAGGCAUUUGUUCUCUGAUGCUGUACCUGAGGAUGUCACUGUUUGCUGUGUGGCUCAGGCUAUCAGAAGAGGCGACGAUGGGCAGGCGAAGGACGCGCAGCCGUUGCUCUUCAGCUGCCGGAGGGAUUGCAGGCCCUGUGGUGGUUUUGGAGGCCACUCUUCAUCAACUUUCUCCUGCCACUUACCUGCAAAACAAAUUAUAAUGUCCCACAGGCAUGAGCAAGGCCGUGAGGCCCAAGAAGAGAAUGAGGGUCAGGUCAGCGAGGAGGUUCCUGUAGCUAAGGAGGUGGGCACCUCAGAGGGAGAAUCUGCUGCUCAGGUUCCCUGUUCCUCCUCUGCUCCUGCCCAAGCCACUCUACCAAAUGAAGGUUCUGCUCAUCAAGCAGGGAGACGUCAGAGCGUCUCAAAGGCCUACCUCUUCUCCAGGUUCUUGCUCAACAGUCAGCUACAGUAUAAGGUGACCGAAUUGGUGAAGUUUCUGAGUUUCAAGUAUACAACAAAGCAGCCUGUCACUGAGGCAGAAAUUCUGAGUAUUGUCAAAGAGUACAAGCACUACUAUCAAGUGAUCUUCAAGCAUGCCUGUGAAUGCAUGGAAAUGGUUUUUGGCAUAGAAGUGAAGGAAGUGGAUGCUAUCAACCACUCCUAUGAGCUCCUUAAAGUUCUUGACCUCACCUAUGAUGGGCGCUCGAGUGGUGAUGACGAGGAGGGCAUCCCCAAGUUAGGCCUCUUGGUGCUCAUCCUUGGUGCCAUCUUCAUGGAGGGCAACCGUGCUCCUGAGAAGAAGAUCUGGGACAUGCUGAAUACGGUUGGCGUAUUUCCUGACCAGCAUGAUUUCAUCUGUGGGAAUCCCAGAAAGUUCAUCACUGAAGAAUUGGUUGCUGAGAAGUACCUGGAAUACCAGCUGGUACCCGGCAGUGAUCCUCCAUGCUAUGAGUUCCUGUGGGGCCCAAGGGCCCGUGCUGAAACCAGCAAGAUGAAAGUCCUGCAGUUUUUCUCCAAGGUUGUCCGGAGCAGCCCCACGGCCUUCACAGCUCUGUAUAGGGAAGCCUUGAAGGAUGAAGAGGAGAGAGCCCAGGCUGCCCUUGCCUCCGUGGCCUUUCCUGUUGCCCCGGAAGAUUCAGGUUCCGCGGACAAGCCCAGCAGCUUCUCCCGCCCUGAGUAA